AUGGGGGAUACAAAAAUAUCCUCGGAUCACUAUUUACUUACUCCCCCCCCCCCCCCUCCGUGAGCGAACAAAACCAUUAGAAAAAUCGCCAUUUUUGACCAAAAACCCCACCCUCCGUGAGUGAACAAAAAUUUUUUUAAUAGAAAAAAUUUUAAUGGAAAAAAAUUUUGAUAUAUAAGUGAUAAUUAGUAUAAUGAAAUCUAGAGCUAAUUCUGUUUAAUUUUAAACAAAUUGCGUUUUAAAAACAUAAAUUUUGCAAAUUAAAUUAAUAUUUGCUUCCCAAUUUUUGCAAAUUAGGAUUUUUUUAAAUUUCGAAAAAAAUAUUUUUUAUAAAAUUUAUAUAUAAAUUUUUUUUUAAAAAAAAAAAUUAACCCCCCUCCGUGAGCGAACAAAAUUUUUUUGUUCGCUCACGGAGGGGGGGGGGGGGGAGUUAUAAUAAAUAUGAAGAAGAUACCAGAAGGAAGAAGAUGUCAAGGCGUUUCUAACAGGGUUUCGAAGGUCAGAAAACACGCUCUUCACAAAAUAUUAAGGGAAUCAAACGAAAAAGCUAAUUCAGAAGCAAAAGAAAGCUUAACCCCCCAGAUGAAAGAAAAUAAAAAUAUAAAAAUAUUUUUUUUAAAAAAUUCUAUUGGAAUCGACGACUAUUUAAUAACGAUUAUUUUUAAACUUUUUUGAUUUAUUUGCCUUUGAAAUAUACUGCCUAUUUCGAGUUGAUUUUCAAUCAAUUUUUCUCUAUUGUUUCUACUGAAGUUAUAUUAUAAACUUUUUGGAUUAAAAAAAUAACCAAGAACAAAAAGGACAAAAAAAAUAGUCAUUAAAAAAAUAGCUUCCAUGCGGAGAACCUUUUUGAAAGGGGGAGUUAGAAAUUAAAUUAGGAGACAAUGAUGAAGAAAUUGGAGAAGAGCAAAGAAAGAAAAUUGAAAAAUAUACGGGAAUCAUUUGCUUACUCCCCCCCUCCGUGAGUGAACAAAAACCAUUAGAAAAAUCGCUAUUUUUUGCCCAAAAACCCACCCUCCGUGAGUGAGCAAAAAUGUUUUUAAUACAAAAAUUUUUUACGGAAAAAAAUUUUGAUAUAUAAAUGAUAAUUAGUAUAAUGAAAUCUAGAGCUAAUUCUGUUUAAUUUUAAACGAAUUGCUUUUUAAAACAUAAAUUUUAUAAAUUAAAUUAAUAUUUGCUUUCCAAUUUUUGCGAAUUAGGAUUUUUUUUAAAUUUCGAAAAAAAAUUUUUUUUAUAAAAUUUAUAUAUAUAAAUUUUUUUAAAAAAAUAUUUUUUAUAAAAAUUUUAUAUAUAAAUUUUUUUAAAAAAAAAAAAAUUAACCCCCAUCCGUGAGUGAACAAAAUUUUUUUUGUUCACUCACGGAGGGGGGGGGAGUUAGAAUAA